AUGUUCGCGGAGAUGAACCGGCGGACGCUGGCGUUCCGCGGCGGAGGCCUCGUCACCGCGGCUGGGGCGGCUGCCGGCGGCGCGGCCGAGACCUGGGACCGGCAGGACCCCGAGCCGCUCAACGGGCGCGGGGCGGACGAGGAAGUGGAGCUGGAGGGGCUGGAGGCCGAGGAGCUGGAGGGCGCCGCCGACGAGAAGGAGCUGUUGUUGCCUCAGGACGCCGUGUUGCCCCCCGCCGCCGGCCCCACGUUCGCCGAGAGAAAUCGCCGGACACUGGCCUUUCGGGGCGGUGGGGGGCUCCUCGCCGCCCCGUCUGGCGCUAACAAUGGCUGCGAGGCCUCGGCCUGGCCGCGGAAGCACUUCAAUGGGCGGGGGGCGGACGAGGAGAUGGAGCUGGAGGGCGCGGAGGGCUUGGAAACGGAGGGUCUGCUGGAGGGGAAGGAGCUGGCCCAGGACGGGGGCUCCCUGAGCGACAGCAGCGACGACGAGGAGGACGGUGAAGGGGGCAGCCUGGGCGACGGCAGUGGCGCCGAGGGCGGCAGCUGCAGCAGCAGCAGGCGGUCGGGCGGCGAUGGAGGGGACGAGGCGGAGGGCAGCAGCGUGGGCGCGGGCGAGGGUGAGAGCAUCAAGCACUUCCCGCUGGCCAGGCCCAAGUCCCUGCUGCAGAAGCUACACAUCUCCUUCCAGGGUUCCUGGCUCAAGGAGUUCCCAUGGCUCUACUACUGCCAGGAGACCGGCCUCAUGUCCUGCGCCUGGUGCACGGCCGCCUUGGCCGCCGCCGCGCCUCCCGAGCUCAUCAUAGCCGGGGGGCCCCUGCCUGGGGGACACGACGAACUCUGCAAGGGCACCCGCAACUACAAGCGUACGCUGCUCCUGCGGCACCACCUCUCCGCUGAGCAUCGCCUCAACGAGCCCGUCAACCCCGAGCAGGAGUCAGAGUUACCGGCAGAACUGAAUAAUGAAGGAUACUGUGAUUUUAACAGCAGGCCAAAUGAGAACUCUUACUGCUAUCAGCUUCUGCAAGAGCUCAACGAGCAGAGGAAGAAAGGCAUUCUUUGUGAUGUUAAUAUUGUGGUGAGUGGGAGGGUCUUCAGAGCUCACAAGAACAUCCUGGUUGCAGGCAGCCGCUUCUUUAAGACUCUUUAUUGCUUUACAAACAAAGAAAGCCGUAACCAAACCACUGUUACCUAUUUAGACGUUGUUGCUGUUCAAGGUUUUUCUGUCAUCUUGGACUUCUUAUAUUCUGGUAACCUCGUGCUUACGAGCCAAAACGCCAUUGAAGUGAUGUCAGUGGCCAGCUACCUUCAGAUGACAGAGGUUGUCCAGUCCUGCCGCAACUUCAUUAAAGAUGCCUUAAACAUAAGCAUAAAAUCAGAAGCUCCAGAGACUGUUGUAGUGGAUUACAACAGAAGAUCUGUUAGUAGGGAUGGUUUGUCUCCAAGGGAUCAGAAAGUUGCCAGCUUCUGGGCAACAAGAAACCUUACCAACCUGGCAAGUAGCAUAAAAACUGAGAACGAUGGUUACUCGAUUGAUGAGGGCCAAAUGGAAAGCUACCAAAUGAAUGACUGCAGUUGGGUCCAGGACAGCUCACCUGAAAUGGCUGAGAAUGAAUCACAAGGCGAAGGAAAAGUUUUUGUAUGGAAUGAUGUGGGUGCACAGGGACAAUCGGUUCAAGAGCCUGGAAAAGCAAGAAGGAAAAACCAAACUGCAAAGAGAUUUAUUUAUAAUAUACCACCUAAUACUGAAGAGAACUCAGAAGAUUGCUCAGUGUUGCAACCAUCAGUCCCAUAUCCAGAAGAAGAUUUGUCAUUUAUUAAAGAAGAAGCAGGUACUUCAAGUGACUUCAAGUAUGGACUGAUGCCGGGUACUUCAAGUGACUUCAAGUAUGGACUGCUGCCGGGUACUUCAAGUGACUUCAAGUACGGACUGUUGCCGGGUACUUCAAGUGACUUCAAGUAUGGACUGCUGCCAGAAUCUUGGCCAAAAGAAGCUUGGGAAAAUGGUGAUUCUUCUGCUUUAAUCAUGAACAAGUUGAAGUGUCCACACUGUAAUUAUGUAGCCAAAUACAGAAGAACACUAAAGAGACACUUGCUCAUUCACACAGGCGUGAGAUCUUUCAGUUGUGACAUCUGUGGGAAGCUGUUUACUCGAAGAGAGCAUGUAAAGAGACAUUCCUUGGUGCAUAAAAAGGAUAAAAAGUAUAAAUGUAUGGUGUGUAAGAAGAUCUUCAUGCUGGCAGCCAGUGUUGGAAUAAGACAUGGAUCGCGACGUUACGGCGUUUGUGUAGACUGUGCAGAUAAAUCUCAACCUGGAGGGCAGGAAGGAGCAGACCAGGUGCAGGACACAGAUUUUCCUAGGGAUGAAGAAUAUGAAGAAAAUGAAGUGGGAGAAGGUGAUGAGGAGCUUGGUGAUGAUGUAGAAGAACAGAAUGACCAGUCUCGAUGGGAUGAAUCUGCAGAAGUUUGUAUGCCUUUAGAUGACUGACAGAGCAUAUGACUUCAGGGUGCCACAGAUGGACACUGUAUGGAUUGACUAUUUGAAUUUUUUGGACUGAAGGCUUGCGAAGUAUGGUACAGGCUGGAUGGUAGUUAUGUUGCUGUGAAAAAUGUAGGGUCAAAGCCUUAUAGCAAAAAAGGAUUAUUAAUUUUUUUAUGAUAUUUGCACAGGACUGUACAGCAUACAACUAUUUGGUUGAAUUAUACAGAGUCCUCACAUCUACAGUCAGUUAUCAAAAGAAAAAUGUAUUUUUUAUUAUUUAUAGGAUAUAGCUACUUGGGUCCUAUUCAGACAUAGUAGUAACUGUACGUAUGUUACACAUUCAUGUAUCUGUUAACAUGAAUGAAGAAAAUUGCAACUUGGUAUGGAAAUACAAAGACAGAUUUCCCAAAUCUACUCCUACUUUGUCAGUGAGCCAGAGAAUCUAAUUUGGGCUAGUGGCUCUUGUUUCCACAAGCAUGUCUUUGCCAUACAAACCUUACCUCUCCCAUAUGCUGGUAGAUGAAAGCCAAUCAUUUAAAUAUGCAGCACAGAUAAUGCCAACACCGUAUUGAAAUGGAGUUUUGAAACUUGUGGCUCUAUGUUGACAGGUGGUAUAGGUGAUAAGCACUGGAAAAGUUAAUAAUGGCAUUAAUUUAGCAUCUGUUUCUUCAGUUUUGAGUUUUCGAGAAGGUUGCUACUGAUGUGUCAGUUCCAAAAUGGUUUUGCAGAAGAAAUGACCAGUAAUGGAAAUAAUUAACUGAUCACAGCAUGGGUAGUUCUUCUGCCAGUUAGUCAAAAGAGAUAGUCAUGCUAAAAGGUAUCUGAUGUAAUAAUGUUUUCUUCCUCCUCUAAGGCCCUCCUUCUCUCAGACUUUUUGACUUCCCUGGUGUAUACCUCAGUCCCAUAGAAUAAAAAUACAAGAAAUGGAGAAAGUGUCAUAUUAAACAACUUUUUGGUUGGUAAUUUCUUACUUGUCCAGUUUUUGGGUAGUUUGUGAUGUGAAUUGGACACUAGGCUAUUGUGCCCAUUGUUCGUCAUAAAAAUGAACACAGACUUUUUUUAUUCUUUUGUACUUAAUGGGGUUGUUGCUAGUGUUUAAUAUAAACCAGUUACAUUUAACUUGUCAACUUCAUUUGCUGCAAUUAUUUUUUUUUGUUAAGAAAAAACAAAGUCCAAAGCAAAAUAAUGCUCUUUGAGUUUCUACCUUUCAGGAUGACCUCUCCCUACAUACUUUAUUUCACAUUUUCUUGGAGGCAUUGGAACUUGAAUUUCUGUUGCCAUGUGGAUUUUUUUUUAUUUUUUUC